GGCCUACACCCACGCCGGCGCCCGCCUGCGCCUCACACGAGCGGCACUCCCGGGUUAAACCGUCCAGACAGCCUCUCCCCAGCGCCCUCCCGUGGGGCAUGCGCAACGGGGGCUUAGCCCGAGGCCUUCUGGGAGUCGUAGUUUUAACGCGUAGUCUCUCCUCAGGUCGGUCGCUUCCGCCCGCGGCCCGCCGCCCGCAGCUCGCCGCCCGGGGCCCGCCGCCCUUCUGGCCUGAGGCUAGGAAACGUCCGUCACCGGGAGGCAGGGUCAUUCGGCCGCAGUGUUGACGUGUCGCUUAGCAACCGGGAGGGUUACCUUUGGAAGCUUGUUGCAGCUCUAGCCUCGGUCCUGCCCUCUUCCCGCCUCUCCCCUCCCCUCAACUCCCUUCACAAGGGAGCUGCCAAACAUCUGGAUCAACUUGGGCACUACGAGGGCGUGAAAUUCUACCAGUAACGCGCCUUUUUACAUUUUUUCCCGACCUCCUUCUCACAUCCGUAAAACUCACUGAUUCUUUUACUACACGUUUUAUGAGAACAAGACAUUUUCUAGGAAGAUGAUGGCAGAAAAAGAGACCCUGAGCUUAAACAAAUGCCCAGACAAGAUGCCGAAGAGGACCAAGCUGCCGCUCCCGGUGCACCAGCCUCACUCCCUGGUUUCUGAGGGCUUCACAGUCAAAGCCAUGAUGAAAAACUCAGUCGUGAGAGGCCCUCCAACUGCAGGAGCAUUUAAAGAAAGACCAACGAAGCCCACAGCAUUUCGAAAAUUUUAUGAACGAGGGGACUUCCCAAUUGCCCUUGAACAUGAUUCAAAAGGAAACAAAAUAGCGUGGAAGGUAGAAAUUGAGAAGCUGGAUUACCAUCAUUAUCUGCCUCUGUUUUUUGAUGGGCUCUGUGAAAUGACAUUUCCCUACGAAUUUUUUGCUCGGCAAGGAAUCCACGACAUGCUGAAACACGGGGGGAACAAGAUUCUUCCUGUCAUUCCACAGCUCAUUAUCCCGAUAAAAAAUGCCUUGAACCUCCGAAACCGACAGGUCAUCUGUGUCACCCUCAAAGUCCUACAGCAUCUGGUUGUGUCAGCUGAGAUGGUGGGUGAAGCGUUGGUGCCCUAUUACCGUCAAAUCCUCCCCAUCCUCAACAUCUUUAAGAAUAUGAAUGUAAACUCCGGGGACGGCAUCGACUACAGCCAGCAGAAGCGGGAGAACAUCGGUGACCUGAUCCAGGAGACGCUGGAGGCCUUGGAGCGCUCCGGAGGAGAAGACGCCUUCAUCAACAUCAAGUACAUGGUCCCUACCUAUGAGUCGUGCUUGCUAAAUUAGCGGUGGGAACAGCUGGGAUUCGGGGAAGGCUUCUCCUAGCCUUCUGAUCAUCUGUCUCUGCUGCUGUUAGCACCUCAUUAUCUGUGACUUCUACGGCUCACUUUUCUACAGCUGCUAAAAUAGUGGCUCAUGGGCCAUUGGACUUGUAGCCCUAUUGAGAGCAAGGCUUUCCAAUACACAAAUAGUGCCUGUUUCUUAGAUUACAAUAGUGUACUGUGCUUAUUUGUUCUAGGAGAAGAAUUGCUUCUUUAUACAGUUCGGAAAGAAGCAGGAGUCCGAGUUAAACCUUCAGU